AUGAGACAUACCAAAGUUGGAAAUGUUGGCACAACAAUAAUCAGCUCAAUGAAACAACUGAAAUCUCUUGGAUUGUGUCGUACUGAAAUCAACCAUGGUGAUAUAAGAAAUAUUUGCGCUUUAACAGAUUUACAAUCUCUUGAUAUUGGACUAUCAAAUAUGAACAAGGAUUUGCUUUCAUUUGUCUGCUCAAAAUUGAGAAAUCUCACAAGCCUUGACCUUGGAAGUACCUGGAUUGGAGAUUCGGAAGUUAAAGUAAUUUGUGAAAAGCUGCCAAAAUUGACCUCACUAAACCUGGGAUGUAAUGGAUCAAUAACUCAUGAUUCUUUAGUACAACUCGCCAAAUUGAGUCAAUUAAGCUGUUUGUCAUUGAGGGGAUGUUCACAGAUUGGCAGUGAUCCAGAAUUGGAUUUACAAGUUAUAUGUCUCAUGAAGAGCUUGACAACAUUGGACUUGGAUGGAACAAUUUUUAAAGAAGAUCACAUUGAGAAAAUUAAAUUAGCACUAGCUCCCAAGUUGAAAACGUUGAUUUAUGAAGUACUUGUCUAUGAAAAAGAUGAGGAUGACAUUAGAUACUGUUAA